AUGCUCAAGUGGUGGACAAAUCGUCAGAUCCCCAAAGACGAAGAGGCCCUGAUCCUGGAGAAACCAAAGCUGCCGGAAAAAUCGGAAACAUCCAAGGAGACUGAAGGUGAAACUUCACCAGUCCCCGUGGAAGAGGACUCCCAGGGCCCCCGACCCUCCAUCCCAGAGCCCCAGGGCCGGAACCCAGAGGGUGACCCGUGCGCCCCGGGACGGCCCCCCCUCCCCCCUCCCCCUUCGCGCCGCCGCCGCCGCCGCGAUGCCCCCCCUGCGCCCGGGGCCCGGCUCCGGCUCCUCGCCGCCGCCGCCCUGGCCGGCCUGGCCGUCAUCAGCCGAGGGCUGCUGUCCCAGAGCCUGGAGUUCAGCUCUCCGGCCGACAACUACACGGUGUGCGAAGGCGACAAUGCCACCCUCAGCUGCUUCAUCGACGAGCACGUGACCCGCGUGGCCUGGCUGAACCGCUCCAACAUCUUGUACGCGGGCAAUGACCGCUGGACCAGCGACCCGCGGGUGCGGCUGCUCAUCAACACGCCUGAGGAGUUCUCCAUCCUCAUCACCCAGGUGGGGCUGGGCGACGAGGGCCUCUACACCUGCUCCUUCCAGACCCCCCACCAGCCGUACACCACUCAGGUCUACCUCAUCGUGCACGUCCCCGCCCGCAUUGUGAACAUCUCUUCGCCUGUGACAGUGAAUGAGGGCGGCAAUGUGAACCUGCUCUGCCUGGCUGUGGGGCGGCCGGAGCCCACGGUCACCUGGAGGCAGCUCCGAGACGGCUUCACCUCUGAGGGCGAGAUCCUAGAGAUUUCCGACAUCCAGCGGGGCCAGGCUGGAGAAUAUGAAUGCGUGACUCACAACGGGGUCAACUCAGCACCGGACAGCCGCCGCGUGCUGGUCACAGUCAACUAUCCGCCGACCAUCACGGACGUGACCAGCGCUCGCACGGCCCUGGGCCGGGCCGCCCUCCUGCGCUGCGAAGCCAUGGCGGUGCCCCCAGCGGACUUCCAGUGGUACAAGGACGACAGGCUGCUGAGCAGCGGCACGGCCGAGGGCCUGAAGGUGCAGACGGAGCGCACCCGCUCGAUGCUACUCUUUGCCAACGUGAGCGCCCGGCAUUAUGGCAACUACACGUGUCGCGCAGCCAACCGGCUCGGAGCGUCCAGCGCCUCCAUGCGGCUCCUGCGCCCAGGAUCCCUGGAGAACUCAGCCCCGAGGCCCCCGGGGCCCCUGACCCUCCUCUCUGCCCUGGGCUGGCUGUGGUGGAGGAUGUAGGAAGAACCCAG